CUCCCCCAUCCUUUAACCCACUCGCCAUUUUGAUUAAGCCCAGUCGAGCAACAGCGAGACCCCACGGCACAUCGUUGAAGCUUAACGACGACGUAAAUAUCGAAACCUGAGACGAUUUGAGUAUUCAAAGCAGAUAACAAUGAGUGGUUGCCGUGUCUUCAUCGGGCGCUUGAGCCCACACGCCAGAGAGAGGGACGUGGAGAAGUUUUUUAAGGGAUAUGGGCGCAUUCGAGAAAUCAACCUGAAGAAUGGAUUUGGCUUUGUGGAAUUUGAUGACCACAGAGAUGCAGAUGAUGCUGUUUAUGAGUUAAAUGGAAAAGAAUUAUGCAGUGAAAGGGUCACUAUCGAGCAUGCUCGCUCCAGAAGAGGAAGAGGUGGCGGCCCCGGAGGAAUGGGAGGGCGUUUUGGCGGCGGUGGUGGUGGGGGAGGUGGUGGUGGUGGAGGCAGCAGUGGUGGCGGUGGCUAUCGUCCAUCUCGCAGCAGUGGAUCCAGACUGGACAGGUAUGGCCCCCCUGUGAGGACGGAUCACAGGCUCAUUGUGGAGAAUCUCUCUUCACGAAUCAGCUGGCAGGACCUGAAAGACCUGAUGAGAAAGGCAGGUGAAGUUACCUUUGUGGAUGCACACAGGCCCAAUAAAAAUGAAGGAGUGGUUGAGUUUGCUUCCCGCAGUGACCUGAAGAACGCUAUCUCCAAGCUUGAUGGGUCUGAGUUGAAUGGACGCAAGCUUAAGAUCUUUGAGGACAGCAGAAGCCACAGCAAGAGCCGUUCCCGCUCCCGCAGCUACUCCCGCUCAAAGAGUCGUUCCAGGAGCCGCAACCGCUCCAGGAGCCGCUCCAGGUCUAUGAGUCGCACCCCAGAAAAGAAGAACUCCGGUGGGGGUCGGGCGUCAGGCAGAUCCCCCUCCCGGUCAAAGUCUCGCUCCAAAUCCCGCUCAAAGUCUCGCUCCAAGUCCAGGUCCAAGUCCCGCUCCAGAUCUCGCUCACGGUCCCCUCUGCCUGCUCAGAACAAGCAGUCCCGCUCUCGGUCCCGGUCCCGCUCUCGGUCUCGCUCCCGGUCCAGAUCCCGCUCAGCCUCUGCAGACAGCAAGCACUGAGAUCGUGCACCUGUUGGCCGUGAAAUAGACUGAUAGUUGCUCACCACAGGCCACUGUGGUGGCAUGUGAUUAUUGUUUCUUUUUAACGAAAGGCACAAAAUCCACAUUUACAUGGCUUCUUUUGGGAAAAAAGAUCCUCAGUCGUACCAUCAUUUUAGUUUUUUUUAUUAGUUUGGAUAUGCUUCCACAGGUAAAUACAUUUGUGCUCCUAUUACUUCAUUUGUUUGCCCCCUAAUGAGAGAACCAUUUUACUUUUGCAGAAAUGUUGAGUGAAUUCAGUGAGGAUACGCGUCCUAGGUGUCUGCCAUGUUAUGAUUCCAUCCACUCCUGUGUGCUUUUUAGCCGUCAAUGGUUAGGUUGGAAAGGUAUGAGUUCCCAAAAAGGGUUAUAGAUGUAUUUUAUUUUUGCAAAGCUGGCGCCUGGCAUUGCCGUGAAACUGUGAUUCUGCUUGUGAUCUACGCAUUUCAUUCACUGCCCUGAUGUACCACACAAUAAUGCAAGUAUCUCGUUGGAUUGAUUCAGCUUUCUUGUGUGAAGAUUGUGGGGUCUGGCAUUCUUUUUUUUUUUGUAUUCAGCUGUAUCAGGACCUUGUGUUGUGAUUCAUCUUCAUUGCUUUUUAUUAACUGAAGCAGUGUGUUGUGUGUCUGUUUCAGCAGGAAGAAAUGUCUAUGGUUAUUAAUUUGAUACUAAUAAAGCUCUCUGCAUAUUGUCCUUUAAUUUUUUUUUAGUGAUGUUCAUAAAGAACUUGGAUUUUUCUUAAUGUUUUGUGAAUUUGACUCUCGUAUUCAAGUUUUUGCAGUUCAACAUAAUAAAAGUUUUCACAAACCGUUA